AUUAUUUUGAAUCAACCACCCACAGAGUGCCUGAGCCAUCACGCUUUUGCCAUCUUUCUUUAAAUCAAAACCCAAAAAGUUAAACAAACACACUUCCUUUUUCAAUUUCCCCAUACCCUGUAUCUUUCAACAAAACAUUUCACUUUUUUCUUUACAAUUUUGAAAUUCCUGAGGCCUUAUUUACCUCAAGUUUUGAACUUUUGAUCAAUAAUUACCAUACCCAGAAAAAAGAAACAGAGUACAGAAAGUUAUAUAUGGGUUGUGAUCUUUAAGGUGAAAAGGGUAAAAAAGAUCUGACAAUUUGGGGUUUCAAGGUUGUGUGUGAAGAUUCAGAUGGAGAAUUCAGGUGAUCAAAGUGUGAAAACAGAUGGGUUUGAAUUUGAAUCAUUUGAUAGCAGAACAAGAAGCUCAAAUUCCACUUCUUCUAAAGAAUCUUGUUCUUCCCCUGCUUCUCUUGGUUGGCCUAUUAAACAGGCUCAGAUGAUGAGCAAUUGUGGUGAUGUUUCUGAUGAGAAAUUGAAUUCAAAUACUUGUUUUGAUGGCGAGUUUAAAUCCAAGAAAACAAGUGCAAAAGUUUCAGAAAUGGAGAUGAUGAAAGAAAGGUUCAGUAAAUUACUGCUUGGUGAAGAUAUGUCUGGAAGUGGCAAAGGAGUUUGCACAGCUUUAGCCAUUUCAAAUGCCAUUACAAAUCUUUUUGCCACUGCAUUUGGUCAGUUGUGGAGAUUGGAACCCUUGCCUUGUGAGAAAAAACACAUGUGGCAAAGAGAAAUGGAAUGCCUUCUUUGUGUUAGUGAUCACAUUGUCGAAUUUAAACCGUCUUGGCAAACAUUACCCGAUGGAAGUAAACUCGAGAUCAUGACAUGCAGACCAAGAUCAGAUAUCUUUGUUAACCUCCCUGCUCUUCGGAAACUAGACAACAUGCUUCUGGGAAUACUAGAUAGUUUCACCAACACAGAGUUCUGGUACGUUGACAAGGGGAUAACAACACCAGAACCCGAUAGUCCAGCCUCUUUCCAUAAACCGUUACAACGCCAACAAGACAAGUGGUGGCUACCCGUGCCUCGCGUCCCUGCUGGCGGUCUAGAUGAAACAGCACGAAAGAAGUUAAACCGCAAGCGUGAAUCCGCUAAUCAGAUUCUAAAAGCCGCAAUGGCUAUCAACAGUGUUUCGUUAUCCGAAAUGGAAGUCCCUGAAUCAUACCUAGAAUCCCUUCCAAAGAAUGGAAGAGCUUGUUUAGGGGAUGUGAUCUAUCAGUACAUAACCUCGGAGCAAUUCUCAUCAGAAUGUUUGCUAGAUUGCCUUGAUCUUUCAUCUGAACACGUCGCACUAGAAAUCGCGAACCGUGUGGAAGCAGCGAUCUACAUGUGGCGUAGAAAACCCCCGCCAGCUAAAACAUCAUGGGAUAUGGUGAAAGAUCUAAUGGCAGAUGCGCAUAAACGCGAUUUACUAGCUGACCGAGCCGAAGGCCUCUUGAUUUGCUUAAAACACAGGUUUCCUUGUCUAACUCAAACCUCAUUGGACACAACCAAGAUUCAAUGUAACAAGGAUGUCGGAAAAGCGAUCCUGGAGAGCUACUCGAGAGUGUUGGAGAGUUUAGCGUUCAACAUAGUGUCGCGCAUUGACGAUUUACUAUACGUAGACGACUUGUCUAAACAAUCAGAAAGCCGAACAUCAAGAGUGAGCACAAGUAGUCACAAGAGGGUCUCAGUCUCGGUGUCCACCACCUCGAGUUCACCUUUCAGAUCUGGUUUUGGGACGCCAAAGUUUUCACCUGCGCCGCUAGUGAGUCCUAGCCCUGCAAAGGGAGACAGGACGCCGUUCUUGACCAGCAAUGGAAACAGUAACAAGGGAACUAGCCGCGGUUGUGGGGUCAGGCGAGCUUUAACGAGUUAUCUUGGUGGUGAAACAAGGGUGAAGAGUAUAGAAGGUCCGGCUUCUAGAAGUAGUGUGGAUGGUGCACCGAGCCAAAAGGAGAACCGAACCCCGGUUAGGUUGCAGAAACGGAUCGCAGAGUUACAACUUGAUUAAGGUUUCAAACAGAAACAGAAACAGAGUUUAUGGGCUUUUACCGUUAAUAUUACCAUUGAUGUUAUAUUCGAAUGAUCCUGAAAGCUCAUUGUAUUCUGUCUUUUGUUACUUUGGGGCCUUUUACUUGUGUUUUCUUUGUAUUGUUUCACUCGUUAAAUCUUAUAAUUUGACAUCUAAGUGAUUGUAAUUAUGUCUG